AUGAACCCCAAGCUACCUCCCGCUGCCUUCGUCAAGCUGUGCGGCGAUAAUGUUGUCGGCACUGCGAGACCAUUGCGUGUCCUUCAAGAGUGCACAUCAGAAAUCGAAGUAUACCAUCUAUAUCUGAGGACGGAUAUGGCGCCGAGUACGGCUCUGCAUGAUCGUGCAGCUGUUCGCCUACUCAAGUUGAACCCCGUAUACGACGCAAAGGAUAAUGACACGUGGACCAUGGCCGACGGGAUGCAAGUCCUCAGCGGCGUCCACCGGUUCGACAUCACCAUCAUGGUGGCAGGGGAGCCAGUGCAGUACAUAUUCGUGCUUCACAAGGAGUCUCCUUAUCUGGAGGAGAUGGCCAAGGGAGGCGAGGUCCCACAAGAGAAGGUCGCCUGGGAGCCCCACACCCGGUUCUCCAGUACCAAUGGGGCCUUCCUGACCGAUAUGGUCAGCAAGGUGAUCCAGGACCCCAUCUGCCCCACCUCCAGGCAUCCAACUCGGGUGGCCUUCCUCAAUCUUCCGGACGUGAUUACACACAUUGACGGUUUCAUGGCGGAUAUUCGCCUCCACACGACGCCUAUGAUCGAGCGGGACAUUGGCAGGCUGCUGGAGGAGGAGGAGGCGGCGGCGGACGGGUCAUCGGGUGGUCGAAGUGGAGAGGCGGAAGAGGUGACUGAGGACGCCCGGGGAAGGUUGAGUGACCCGGCUGGAGGGGUGGAUGGUGGCUCGGAGGCGAGAAGUCCUGUGCGGAGGAGGGAGAAACGAUCAUUGUCGGCAGAGAGCCGUGUUGAGAGUCCUGCGCCCAGCUUCAGCAACAAGCGGAUCCGACUCAGCCGUGGCGGGAGUGGAUGGUCGCGGACCGCCGAAACAUUGGAAGUUCGACCGGAAGGCGACUCCACGAUGGAGGUUGAGGCCGUUGGGGGGCAGGGGGGUAUCUCUGCGGUGGCUAAAGUGGCAAUGCCAGAAGCCUCCGGCUCGAGGCCGAUGGAGCAGCCGAGAGCCCGGAGCAGGUUGUCCGAGCUGGACGCCCUGAAGUCGCCAAGGCCGGGUCCUGUGCCUUCGGCCAUGACUUGUCUAUUUGUACCACCUGAAUAA